AUGGCUGCUGUUAUUCAAUUUCGUAACUGGUGCGAAGUCGAUCUCCUUAUUCGACCAGUCCUCACGCACCACAUGACCGACGUUGAAGGACUUGACUCUGUUGACUCCUUCGCCAACAGAACAACUUCUCAACUUCGCGAAGACAUCAAAUCUAUGCGAAGAGCCCCUGAUCCCAACAAUGCAAAUGCGACUAUUGGAGUCACCGCUCGCGAAUCGAUGACGAUUCAUCGUAUCUCCAAAUACGGGAAGCUCCUCAUUUUGGUUCAAAGAACCCACACUCCAGCUCUUGGAACCAUUCCAAAUCUUCUUUUUAUUGGCCAAUUCUAUGAUGAAAAUCCGGAUCUCAUGGAAGGGGACUCCUACCCGCUUCCUCCUCAUCCCCCAAAGUUCAACAAUCGCGAUGGCCGAAUCAUGAUGGAAAACAUUGAAAGUUGGGCUUGUACUGCCUACGGAUAUCGUGGAAUUCGUCUUGAUUAUAUCUUCCGUGAAAAUUCUGAACUUCCAGUUGCUGGUGACCCUGGAUUCCUUCGAGCCGACGACUGCUCUCGUUCCAUCGAAGAAGAACUUGUUCGACGUGCUGCCCAUACUGGUGCUGUGUUCCGUCGCAACAACCAGAAAUUUUGGGUUAUGCUCCAUGCAGUCACACAUGAAACCGAUGCCUACAAUCAUGUUCGCCAAUUUGCUCCAAGUUUGAAUGGUCGUGCUGCUUACUUCGCUCUGUUUGCACAAUAUCGUGGAAGGGGACAUUUCACAAAUGAACGCCAAGCUGCUGUCCGUGUCCUUGCAACACUUCACUGGAACGGUAAAGCUCGAGGCUUCACAUGGAAUACUUUUAUCAGUCGCCUUAUUGGAGCCUUCAACGACCUCGAGUUGAACGGUGAUCCACGCUCUGAUGCAAAUAAGGUUGACGUACUUCUGGAGAAAACUGUUGGAGAUUCCUCACUCUCUAAUGGAAGAUCACAUAUUACUGGAGAUGCCGUUCUCCGAUCAAAUUUCCAAGGUGCCAUCGAUUAUUUAACAACACAAGUUUUAGCUGCCGGUAACGACAACACCCAGCGCCGCAAUCGACAACUUGCUGCUUUUACUCGUGGUGGUGGCGGACGCGGUGGUGAUGGUAGAAGUGGAGGUCGUGGCCGAGGAAAUGGCGCCACAAACCGUCUGCAAUCGAAUGUACCAGAUCGCUUUAGCCGAAAUGGGAUACUACUAAAUGAUGGAGGUUAUUCAAAUCAAAUCUGGAGAGAGGAGUUUACACAAGAAGAAAGAAAUGUUUGCUUAGAAAUGCGUCGCAACCGUCGCAAUGGUGGUGGUCGUGGCGGAAGAGGCCGUGAAGGCCGUGAAGGCCAUGGUAGAGGUCGUGGUAUCAGCGCUGUCCAUAAUGGACGAGCUGAUCAAGAAGAAACAAAGGAAGAAAAUAACAAUGAUGGGCGUGGGGCCGGUGCAGGAAUGAGUCGUCGCCGUCGCAACACUCGUGACAACGAUUGA